GGGCUGAUAUCUGAUCAUUGUGAGUUGACUAGUAUGUUUAUUUGGGACUGGCUCUCACGUCGCGGGGCCAAGAUCCGGUUUCGGAUGCCAGCAGGCGAGGUGCUUUGGCUUCGAAACAAGCCCCAGCAGGAAAAAAAACGUAGGACCUCUCCGUGUUCAUGGGGGCCAGUAAGAUGAUCAAGAUAAUCAGUCGCUUAUUCAAAUGUCAAAAUCCCCGACGACACAUCGAUCUUCACCCGCACCUUAUUUAGAUGGGUCUGUGACAUGUCUUGGGUGACAUGCCUUGGCAGAAGAACGAUAAUCCGAACCCAUUAAUCGUCAUAUCUACAUGUGGUAGGCUGAAUGCUGUCGUGCCAUGGGGUAGCCAAGAUUGGUACACAUCACAGCAGCUUUGUCGAGGCUCUUCCCGUCACGGCCCACGAGCCCCAACCCGCCCGUUCUACUUCCACAGUCGGCUCCGUCCUACCGACGCACGAUCAAGUCAAAGCUGGCCUCAUGGAGACCACGUGCUGCUCACGAGCUCAUCACCACCGGGGACUUGUUGAAUAUAAUGACCAGGCAUGAGUGGAGCUUCCUCGUGAGGAACAAACACAUGGCGGAACCGGGUUGAAGAAUGGCAACGGCAUCACUGCACCCUGUCCGUCGUCAUAGUCAUGGCAAGUAACAAUUGUCCGUGGGACGCCCGCAAUGCCGUUGUCGUUGGCAUGCUUACCUCCAGAGCACCCAUUCGUCAUGAUCAUGGGCGCAGUUAUUUGUUCGUUCCUUGCAACUCAUUAUUUC